AUGUUGUCGCCCAGUGGAAGAAUUGGAGAAGAGAAAAAGACAGACCCCAGCACAACAAACAAUGGCAAGCCGUUGACUCACAACGACUACACAGUGGGGUGGGUCUGCGCUUUGUCGAAAGAGCAGACUGCAGCGACAGCAAUGUUAGCUGAAAUACAUCCACCGCUAUUGAAACCAUCAGCCGAUCACAAUGUAUACACAUUAGGCUCGAUUGCUGGCCAUAACGUGGUCAUUACCUGUCUCCCGAGUGGCGAUUAUGGUCUGGUCCCCGCAUCAACUGUUGCAAAGCGCAUGAUCGACACUUUUCCAAACAUCAAGGUUGGUCUAAUGGUUGGAAUCGGUGGCGGUGUGCCUUCUGCAAAGGUCCAACUGGGGGACGUUGUGGUCAGUAGCCCUAUUGGCCAAUAUGCUGGGGUCGUCCAAUACGAUCGGGGCAAGGACACUGUCGAUGGAUUCGAAAGGACCGGAAGUUUGAACAGGCCACCAACUGUGCUUUUGACAGCGCUACAAUCACUAAAAACCAAGCAUGAUCUGGAAGGGCCGCAGAUAUCUCAGAUUCUUCGUGAUGUCGAGGAAAGAUAUCCAAGGCUGAUAUUAUCUGGUUACACGAGGUCCGACUCUCUGGAAGACCCAUUAUUCGCACCCCAACCAGAAACAUAUGGGAGGUGGAAGGCAAUGUUCAUUUUUGUCUAUGCCUUUCUUGUCAACGCUUUCUGGCAUCUCAUAGGUGCGACGUCGUUUUCACCCGCUUCUAGGGCAGUGAAUGCCACAGACAGGGCGCACAUGGGCGGGUCAAAAAGGCAUACCGGGGAUGCCCAUAUACAUUAUGGUCUGAUUGCAUCUGGUAAUAGGGUGAUCAAAGAUGCCGUGUCGCGAGAUAAAGUGAAUGAAUAUCUUGACGGGCACGUCUUAUGUUUCGAAACGGAGGCAGCUGGAUUAAUGAAUGAAUUUCCCUGCAUUGUUAUUCGGGGUAUUUGUGAUUAUGCAGAUGCCGGAAAGAAUAAAGAUUGGCAGGAAUAUGCAGCCAUGGUAGCGGCGGCAUAUACAAAGGAGCUUCUUCACUGUAUCCAGCCAGGUCAUAUCGACGCUGAGUCUCCGGUGCGAGAUAUUUUACAUAAUGUUGGGGAAACACUGGGUACAAUAAAUACCGACAUUCAAAGAAUUAAUGCCAGAAUGGAUCGAAAGGAUGACUUGAAGAUUCUUACCUGGCUCACAAAGGUCGACUAUGGCCCACAACAUAGUGAUUUUUCGAGAAAGAGGCAACCUGGAACCGGCCAGUGGCUAUUGAACUCAACGGAGUAUCGAAGAUUCAUGGACUCAAAGGGGCAGACGUUAUUCUGCCCAGGGGAUCCUGGUGUCGGGAAAACAAUUCUAACGGCAACGAUUAUCGAUGAUCUGAUCGCACGAUUUCCGCAUAUUCAAUCGACAAGGAUUGUUUAUGUAUACUGUAAUUUCAAUCGAGAACACGAACAGAGGCUGGAACACCUGAUCGCGGCUUUGAUCAAACAGCUGAGCCAGGCACGACCAACCUUACCAGAGAGCUUGACGGCUCUUUAUAACAAGCAUCAAAUACGGAGAACAAGGCCGUCGGCAGAGGAACUCUCGAAGGUUCUUCUAUCAGUCGCAUCCUUAUACACACGGAUUUUUGUUGUUGUUGACGCGCUGGACGAGUGUCAACGGGCUCGCGGAUGUCGAUCAAGGUUCCUGUCACAAAUUUUCGCUCUUCAGGAUGCAUUCUCAAUAAACUUUUUCGCCACAUCGCGACCGAUCCCAGAAAUUGAGGAGACAUUCGAAGAUUGUCUCCGGAAGCAUAUUAUAGCUCCGGAAGAAGAUAUUCGCAACUUCCUCCAUAGCGAGAUACAUAUGCCUCAAAUGCCAAAGCUGAUCCAAAGAAACAAUGAUCUGCAGAAAGAGAUCAGCACUCAGAUCGUCGACCUUGCUGAUGGAAUAUUUCUACUUGCACAAUUACACAUAAACUCCCUAGUGGGGUCAACAACGCGAAGAGAAAUCCGAAAUGCACUCAAAGCAAUACCGAAAGGGACUGACGGGUACGACUAUGCAUACAAUCAAGCGCUCUCAAUUCCCGAGCUUGAGCACGCAUUGGCGACGGAAGGGGGCGAUUCCGAAUUUGAUAUGGAUAACAUCACGGCUUAUGACGAAAUCCUCUCUGUUUGCGCCGGGCUGGUUACGGUCGAUGAGGAAAGCAACGUCAUUCGCUUAGUUCACUAUACGGUGCAGGAAUAUCUUGAGCGGACACAAGGUCAUUGGUUUCCGGAAGAUGACGAGAAUAAUCCUGUGAGAUACGCAAAUCCUGAGACGUACAUAACGCGAAUAUCCCUGACUUACAUGUCAUUUGCUUCAUUUGAAGAGCAAGAACUAAGAUCUUGGGAGGACAUCGAAGACCGCUUGGAGUCAAACAGGCUCUACGGCUACUCCGCCCAGAAUUGGGGACACCAUGCUCGCAAGGCCUCGAGUAUCCUACCAGAGAUUAUGAAAUUUCUCAAUGGCGGCACUAAAUUUGAGGCAUCAAGCCAUCUGCUGUGGUACGAGGACCGCCACUUCCAGGAUUUUAAGGAGACGCAUAUGACGGGGCUGCACAUGGCAUCAUACUUUGGGAUACUAGAUGCGGUUGAGUUAUUGCUGCAGCUGCUCAAGGUCCCUGUAACUAGCGCUGGCCACCAAUCAUACAAGGCCUGUGACUUGGAGUCAAAGGACAGAGAUGGUCAGACACCAUUUGUAUGGGCCGCAAGGAAUGGGUACCUUGCGGUAGUUCAUCGAUUGUUUGAGGAGGGGGCCAACAUGAAUGCGAACAGCGAAGACAGUCUCACCCCAUUGUCAUGGUCCUCCGCAAAUGGACAUGAAAUGGUUGUCAAGUUCCUCCUCGACAAAGGCGCCGAUCGGGAAUACAAAAGCGGGGGUCAAACACCGCUGCUAUGGGCUGCAGACAAUGGUCAUACCGCGGUAGUGAAGGAGCUCCUUAAAAAGGGCGUGGCAUUAGAGACCAUUGAUGAGUUCGGUCAAACUCCGCUUAUAAUGGCUGCUACAAAGGGACAUCUCGCGAUAUCAGAGCUUCUUCUUGCCAAGGGCGCUUCCCCAGACCUUACCAAUGAUGGCAUACCUCCAAUCAUAUGGGCUGCAGGAAGUGGCCACAAAGACGUGGUUGAACUAUUGCUCGCCCAUGGUGUCAGUAUAGAGUGCAGGGACGGUGAUUGGGGUCACACGCCUCUUGCAAGGGCUGCUAAUCAAGGAAAGAAGGCAGUAGUUCAGCUUUUGCUUGAAAAGGGCGCAGAUAUAGAAUCCAAGGGUGAGGACGGUCUGACACCACUCCUCUGGGCAGCAUGGGAAGGGCACGAGGCAGUGGUUAAGCUGUUACUUGACCACAAUGCUGAUAUAGAGGUCAAAGAUGAAAGGUAUAACCGGACGGCACUUGCAUGGGCCGCAAGAGAAGCAAAAAGUCCUGUGAACGAGGCUGUGGUCCAGCUACUGAUAGAUAGAGGAGCCAAUAUAGAAUCAACGAGUGAUAAUGGGCAAACAGUACUUGAGUUAGCGGCAGAAAGAGGGAAGAAAGGCGUCGUUAAGCUGCUUCUUGACAAUGGAGCGGUUGCCAGGUUAGGCGAUGGUGACAGUGAUGAAAAACUGCUGCUAUCGACCACCAAUGGGGAUAAGGAGCAACUGAUCGAGCUGCUCAUGAGCAUACGCGGCAAGGAAACAAAAAGCGCCAUGUAUCAUAGCAAUCUAUGGGAGGUUGCGCUGACUUGUUGGUUGGAUGACGGCAUUUCGGUCAUUCUGGACACUAAGUCAAGUACAUGUUACCUUCCAUGGAAUUUUUAUAGACAGUACAAACGUGAAUUGGAUAUCAUCCGAGUCAUUGAUGAAUCUGAACCGCCGGAUAUUGACUUCCGGAAAGAAAGUAUGGCUCAUCAUGCUCCCAACUACCUUCAAAAAGUUAUCGAUGAUAUCCGAGAUUUGGAGGUCGUAUAUUUCCCCGGUGGAGAACUUGGCUAUAUUCAUCUGCCUGGGUCGCGGGAGCAGAUUGAAAUGAAGCGGGUUCUGACCCAGGAUUUUGACUGGGGGACUGAAGAGUCCCGGGAGGAGGAUUGGCGACGAGAGGGGAAGGAGAUCUGUCAAGCUAUUGGUGAUGAGUGGUGGCAGGAUAGGGAAGGAGUAGAACUCGAAACUUGA